AUGCCGCCUAAGAAAGAAGUAGUCGCUGCCGCGCAAGGCGAUGCGCAUAUUGACCCUGAUCAGACCCUCAAGGCGUCCAAGGCUCUCCUCAGCCACAUCAAGAAGGCUUCCAAGCAAAAAUCGGAAACAAGCGAGAAGAAAAAUAUCCUCGACGAGAUCGAGGACGAUGGCAGCCUUACCCUCGCCGAAACCCCCGUGUGGAUGACCCUCACCACCAAGCGCCACAUCGUCGACACCAACCGGUUGAAGCCAGCCAAGAUCCCCCUUCCUCACCCUCUGCACACCAACACCCAUGAGUCGAUAUGCCUCAUUACCGCCGACCCCCAGAGGGCCUACAAGGACAUUGUCGCUUCCGAAGAAUUCCCCGCCGAGCUGCGAUCGCGCAUAACCCGCGUCAUCGGCUACACCAAGCUCCGGGCUAAGUUCAGGCAGUACGAAGCCCAGCGCCAGCUCUACGCCUCGCACGACAUUUUCCUCGGCGACGACAGGAUAGUCAACCGACUUCCCAAGGCGCUGGGUAAGACCUUCUACAAGACCACCGCCAAACGACCCAUCCCCGUCGUGCUCCGGCAAUCUAGGCCCAAGGCGAAGGCGAAGGGCAAGAGGGCACCGAAGCGGAAGGGUGAAGAGGAAGAGGAGGUCAACGCCGCCUCGCCGAAAGAAAUCGCCGCCGAGAUCCAAAAGGCGAUCGGUUCUGCGCUUGUCGCGCUGAGCCCUUCGACCAACACCGCCAUCAAGGUCGGCUACGCCUCCUGGAACCCCGAGCAGAUUGCCGAGAAUGUCCAGGUCAUCGCUGCUGCCCUCGUCGAGAAGCACGUUCCGAAGAAGUGGAGCAACGUCAAGAGCAUCUACAUCAAGGGUUCCGAGACGACGGCGCUUCCCAUUUGGCAGACCGACGAGCUCUGGCUUGACGAGAAGGAUGUCAUUGCCGAUUCUGAGGCCCCUCAACCCAUCGAGCAGGCCGAGAAGGCGAAUGUGGGUAAGAAGCGAAAGGCUCUUGAUGCAGGCAAGGAGAUGACGAGGAAGGGGCCUCUGAGCAAGAAGCAAAAGCUUCCUGAAAGCAACGACGAUACUCUAUUGAAGCAGAUUGCCGAAACGAAAUCCAAACUUAGGAAACAGAAGGAGAAGGCCAAGAAGGCACUGGACGAUUAA